GUGGUGCAACUGGGCAUAGGGCGGAAGAGCCGAUGUGGAGCGGAAUGUUGAAGAGACCCGGCUCUCUAAUGUGGGAGGGGCUUAGGGAACAAAACGGAAGCCUGAGGCGGCCUUAGGGAGGGAUUCGGAGUUACAAAGCCAGCCGGAAACUGGCGACGUAGGUGGGGCUUAGGGCUCAUUACGCCUGCGCACCGAGCAACCGGCGGGCUGCGUAGUUAUUUUUGAACCGGGUGGCGGGGAAUAGCUUAGAAGCCAUUAGGGCGCCGUCUGCGGUGAGGUUGGUAGUGUUCUCCGUUCGAUCUAGUGAUGGCACAGCAGCUCGCCCGAGAGCAAGGCAUCACCCUGCGUGGGAGCGCAGAAAUCGUGGCCGAGUUUUUCUCAUUUGGCAUCAACAGCAUUUUGUAUCAGCGUGGCAUUUAUCCGUCGGAAACCUUUACUAGAGUGCAGAAAUAUGGACUCACCUUGCUUACAACUACUGACCCCGAGCUCAUAAAGUAUCUCAAUAAUGUGGUGGAACAGCUAAAAGAGUGGCUGUACAAGUGCUCAGUUCAGAAACUGGUGGUGGUCAUCUCAAAUAUUGAAAGUGGUGAAGUCCUUGAAAGAUGGCAGUUUGAUAUUGAGUGUGACAAAACUGCAAAAGAGGAAGGUGUUCGUAGAGAAAAGUCCCAGAAAGCCAUACAGGAUGAAAUUCGCUCAGUGAUUAGACAGAUUACAGCUACUGUGACAUUUCUGCCACUGUUGGAAGUUUCUUGUUCCUUUGAUCUGCUGAUUUACACUGACAAAGACUUGGUGGUACCUGAAAAGUGGGAAGAAUCGGGACCGCAAUUUAUUACCAAUUGUGAAGAAGUCCGUCUACGCUCAUUUACAACCACAAUCCAUAAAGUGAAUAGUAUGGUGGCCUACAAAACCCCUGUCAAUGACUGACGAGACGGUGAGGAAAAGGAUGGAAUUGUCAUUCCCAAGUGUGCUUUUCCAGAAAUUAAGUCAAAUAGAGUUGCUACAUUUCCUUGUUUAAUUUUCCGGUGAAGAAAGCUAAGAUCCGACAUUGAUAAAUGUGUGUUAUUGUUCCAUUUCUUGGGUUCUUCCUGGACUUGUCUGAGUCGACAAGAGUGCUGCACAUUGUUAAGGGGAAUCAACAGAUUUUGUUAGCAUUGUGGAAUGAAUUCCUUUAAAAAUGGUCAUUGUACAUAGAAAAACUUCUGUUAAAACGCUAACUACUUCCCUUAACAUUGUAACUGGACCAGGAUAUAAAGAAGCGUUUAAAUGUAAACACAGCAGAAGGGAUCAAAGCUUUUUUAGUUCUGAGGGUCAGUCAGGAAUGUUGCCAAUCCGGAUCCAGUGAGAGAGGCAGGGAGGACAGCUUUACUAUUCAAAAGUUCUGUACUUUACUCUCAUUCCCAACUUAGGUUCGUUUGGUCUGCUGAUUUACACUGACAAAGAUUUGGUGGUGCCUGAAACGAGGGAAGAAUCAGGACCCCAGUUUAUUACCAGUUCUGAAGAAAUCCGUCUACACUGAUUUACAACCACAAGCCACAAAGGGAAUAGUAUUGUGGCCUACAAAACCCCAUCAAUGAAGAGACGGUACACAUACCAUCCCCCAUCACAUUAUACCUUCUGCUGUAUUUAUAUUUAGAUGCUUCUUUAUAUCUUGGUCAAGAUUCUUCUGAGCAAAAUCAUUAGACAAAGUAUUUAGCUUUUUAAAAGAAGUUUUUCUACCUACAGUGACCAUUGUUAAAGGAAUCCAUCCCACAGUGAAUCUGUUGGCUCCCUUAAUAACGUGUAGCACUCUUGCUGAUUCUGUGGUAAGUUCAGGAAGAACCCACGAAAUGCAGCAGUAAGACACAUUUCUCUUUAUAUAGACCCCAUAUUGAAAUACAUGCUAAUUAUUUGAUUUUGUUGUAUAUAUCUUGAGCUCACAAAGCAGUUGAUGCUGUUUAAUUUCUGUAAUAAAGAACUCUUAUUUUAAUGUUUUAUAAAAAUCAAGCUUUAAAAGUCAGUGAUACAAAAAAAUUAAGCCUUGUGUUUUAAAUUUGUGUUACAGUAUCUUUGAUAUUUAGUUUGGUGCUAAUAUAGUCAGAUACUUCAGUG